AAUAUCUCAAAAUUGUACUUAAGUACAGUACUUGAGUAAAUGUACUUUAGUUACAUUCCACCACUGCCUGGGCCUGUGUCUGAGACCUGCUCUACCUUUCUAAAUAUUUAAAGCCGAACUAGCUGUCAGUGUCUGGUUGCACUCGGUAGAGAAACAGUGGUCAGAGCUAACUAACAAUGGCCUCACUGAGACUGUUCUGCCAGGCCAAUGCAUUCUCCUGCCUGCUCCUCUGCUACCUGCUCUUCAUUCUGCUGGGAGGUCUGGUGUUCACAGGUACGGAGCAGAGGGUGGAGAAGGAGCUGAGAGCCCAGGUGGAGCAGCUGCGGCGCUCCUUCCUGCAGCAGAACCCCUGUGUGCAGGAGAGCAGGCUGAGGGAGCUGCUGGAGGAGGUGCUGUCUGCUCACCACAGCGACGUGGCCGUUCUGAAGGCUGAGGCUGAAGACCCACGCUACGACUUCACGUCAUCACUCUACUAUGUCAUCGCCACUCUGACCACCAUGGGUUCUGACUCCUAUACCCCAAAAUCAGAUGAAGCCAAGCUCUUCUGUAUCUUCUACUGCACCCUGGGGAUCCCCCUCACUCUGUUCCUCCUCACCCUCCUCUCCAGCCACCUCCUCCCUGUCGUCAUCCAUGCUCCUGUCCACCUCCUGCACACAUACUGGGGUUUGUCCUACACCAGGGCUGCCUUUGUCCACGCCAGCCUCCUCUGUGUGCUGGUGUUCUCCCUCCUCUUCCUCCUCCCGGCCCUCCUGGUCUGUGUGCUGGAUCCGGACUGGAGCUUCCUGGAUGCUCUCUUCUUCUGCUUCGUCAUCCUGAGCACCGUCGGUGAGGGAGGAAACUCUCUGGGGAGGACCUGGGGUCCAACGGCCAAGGAGACACUCCAACUCCUCAUCACAUGUUACCUGCUGGUGGGCCUCCUGGUGAUUAUAACCAUUAAGGACACUGUCCUGCAGGUUCCCCAGGUCUGUGCGGUGAUCAGGCUCUUCUCCGGUCCACAGUAUGCAGAACUGGAAGGUGUCCAUCUCAGUGAGCUGACACUGAGUGAAGAACAGUGUGAGGAGGAGCCCCAGUACUCCCAGUCCAUCUGUACCGUCUCCUCCACUCCGUUAGAGCUGAUGAGCCCCCAUUCAGACCGGCCUGCUGCUGUCCCACACAGAGACACAACCUCAACUACAACAUAG